AUGGAAACGACGGCGAUCUCCGGACGCUCGAGCAGUAAGGCAGUCGAGCAUACCGAGACAGCAGCUUACUACCUUGCUGCCGAGGCCGCUAAGACAUUUCAAAUCCUGCAGUUCGGCUUGACCUGUCUUUCGUACGACCGCGAGCUGAAUGCAUACCGGGCGCAGACCUUCACCUUCUACCUAACCCCUGAAUUCACUCCGCCCAGCGCAGCUCUGGCAGGGCUCAUCGACCGGAAGGUAGUUCUGUCGUACCAAAGCUUCCUACUUCUCAAGGAGAACAACCUUUUGUUCGGGAAAGCCUUUUCAGAAGGCGUUCCGUACUUGAGCCGUUCAGAGGAGGAACUGGUCAACAGCUUGUACCUGUCUAACGGCAGGCAGAAGAGUGCUGCGUAUACGGGCCAUGCACUCGAUACUCGGACUAGACAAUUCUAUAACGACACGCGGAUGAGAGAACGAACCAUCCUGGCUGACACGGAGGACACCAAGGGCGACAGUCUACUCAUCACAAAUCCAGAGGGACCAUCCAAGCAGCUGCUCCCGAGCCACAUUUGGGUGAUACGCCGGCUAGUCCGGACUGAGUUCCCUAGCUGUUUUGUGAUUCUCAGGAGAAGCAAUGCACUUGCCCAAGUCAUCAAGUGGGACCCAGAGGAGCGUGCCUCCAUCCCCGUCGACGUCCUUCUCUCGCACCAACACACCAACAAGGGCAGCAGCAGCAACACUUCAGCUAGUCAAGCACACGCAACCCAGCUCCGCUCCGACCUGCGCCUCCACGAAUCCCGCAUCAAGACCGGACCUCGCCCAGUCCUCAUCAGCCACAACCCGCUCCUGGACCUGUGCUUCCUCGUCCAAACCUUCCUGUGCCCGCUCCCGACCGAGGUCACGGCCUUCCGCAGGGACCUCCACGCCCAUUUCCCCAGGAUCGUCGACACCAGGCAUCUGUCUUCCCAGCUGGGGUUCCGCACGGGCAAGAACCUGGAAGCGCUCUACGGGCUGGUGGGCGGCCAGGGCGGUGGUCGACUACCCAUCGUUCCCCCCGAGCCCCGGUUCGACGCGCGGAGUAGUGUCGGCGGGGCGGUACCGCACGAUGCUGGAUUCGGCAGCUGGAUGACGGCUGUUGUGUUUGUGAGUUUGGCGAGGAAGGUUACGCUGAGGAAUCCCCGGUUGCUGUGGAGCUUGGAUGACGAGGAGAGGGAGAGACGGAAGGCUGAGGAACAGCAUGGCUCAGCGUCAGCGUCAGCGCCAAUUUCACCUCUUGGGAAGGGGAAGGACGUACUGUUUCCUGGACUGACCCCGUCUGCUACCUCUGGCGGCGCGAGAGAGAGGCCGGGAUCAAGGCUUGCCGCGAUAGGCUUGAUCCCGCAGUGGGACAGCGAGGUUUGGAGAAGGUACGGGAACAGGCUUUGGCUGGGGGAUGCUGGGGUAAUGGACCUGACGCGGGCAUAA